CCCCAGCAGGGCGGAGAGGGUGCAGGAGGUCAUCGUGGGGCUGGAGUGGCUGGCCUUAGCCUUCGAGAAGGACGUGGAGACGCAGAAGGGCACUGGGCUCCUGAUUUCCAGGCCAUGGACAGGAAGCUGUGACCGUUCCGGCACGACCAGGGGCGAGAAGCCAGUGGUGUGCAAGAAGGGCGACCAGUGCAAGUUCCUGCACCAGAACGAUGUCGCCAGGAUGCCCAAGUGCCACUUCUCCUUCAAGUCCGGGGACUGCAGCAACAAGGAACGUCCGUUCCUCCACGUGAAGCCGGCCUUCAAGACCCAGGACUGUCCGGGGGACGACCGAGGUUUCUGCAAGCACGGUCCACUGUGUAAGUACCGACAUGUCCGCAGGACAAAGUGUACUAACUACUUAAAGCUGGCUCCUGCCCGGAAGGACCCAGGUACCAAUUUGCACACUUGUCAAGCAGCCCCUGGGGUCCGUACUUCCUCCUGCCUGGGAACCAAGCGGGGCCCCCUCCCUGACAAGAGUGCCUGCCUCCUCAUCCUCAGACGAGGCCCCGUGAGCCGGGGGCUGCCCACUGCCUGGGGCUCAGGUGCUGGAGCGGGCCGUGCUACAGGCUGCAGAGCUCGGCCUUCUUGUUGCGGGGGCUCCUCUCUAGCUGCGGAGCUCGCCCUUCGUGUCACGGGGACUCCUCUUCAGCUGUGGAGCUCGCCCUUCAUGUCGCGGGGACUCCUCUUCAGCUGCGGAGCUCGGCCUUCUCGUCGCAGGGGCUCGAUGCUGGGCGUGGAUCUCAAGGCCUUUCUCAGGCCAAACAAGGAACUUCAUUUAAGAGUAGAAGCCAGGUUCCUCAUGAGCGAGCUGCUGCAGACACAGCAGGAGUGGGGGCUCACGUCCGUGGCAGCAAUGAGUCAGCCAUGCAGCAGGGAAGCGCAGUGCCGGCGCGGCCAGCUUGAGGGUGCACCCUGCUCGGCUCCCCGUGGCCGUAUGCACACACGCACGCCGCUCCCGGCGCUUGCGCUGCACCCGGCCUGA